CGGCGGCUAUUUGAGAUGAAGCAGCGACGGAGGCGCCAAGAGCUCCGCAUGGUUCAGGCCAAUCCUGAUGCUUCCUUUCGGUCCUGCCAAUCGCUGCGGCGGGAGGAGCGCAUUGCGGGUGACAGAGGCCUGCGGAACCCUUUCCUCUGGGAGAACAUGCCAGAGGCAAAUCUGCGUUCUGGUGUCCCCAGUGCCCUGGGCACUGUGAGCUGUGGUGGAGAUGGUAGUGGUGAGAGAUGCCCCUUGGCGUUGCCAAUUGAAGCAGACAGUUCUGAUCCGGAGUUAGAAGAAGUCUCUGUGGAGGAUGUUCCUGCCUCUCUGCUUCCUGUUAAAGAGCUUCCAAGAAUAAGACGCAGGGGUUGGCCACCCCACCGACUUGGGUCCCGUGCAGAGGACGAGAGCAAAUCCCAGGGUCUUGGAGAUAAAUAUGAGUUGCGUAGUCUGGAACGGAACCCUGGAACGGAUUGUGACUGGGGACAUGUAGACUUGGCCUCCAACAAGGGUGAAGACUUGGAAGAGAACAAAGAGGAGUCGGAAUCUACAGUGAGGAACUCCCGAGGGGAGGCAGAUGUAGAGGUGUCCGAGGCCCUGAAAGGCAAGGGCGAAAACGAUGUGGGAAGCUCGUUCCACUUGUCUCUCCACGUCUCAGGCCCUCUGCUGGGCGAAGACUUGGAAGCAUACGUGCUGCAGCCAGCCAUGAGGGACGGUAUGGUGCAGUGUCUCAUCAGUCGCGACAAGCAAGGUGUAGAUAAGGGCAUGUUCCCUUUCUACUAUCUCUACCUAGAGGCGGCUGAGGGCCAGAAGCACUUCCUUCUGGCUGCUCGCAAGAGAAAGAGGAGCAAAACCUCUAAUUACCUUAUCUCCCUGGACCCCACAGACCUGUCUCGGAAUGGGGACAACAUUGUGGGCAAAGUCAGAUCUAAUGUCUUGGGCACCAAGUUCACCAUCUUUGACAGUGGAACGAAUCCCAAAAGGAAGAAUUCCAUCCCGGGGUCAGCUUGGAUCAGGAAGGAGCUGGGCGCUGUGUGUUAUGAGACCAAUGUCUUGGGAUUCCGAGGGCCCCGGAAAAUGACUGUGAUCAUUCCAGGAAUCGAUGCCCAGAACGGGAGAAUCAGCAUCCAGCCACAAAAUGAACAGGGGUCGCUACUGAGUCGCCUCCAAAAUGGAGCCAUCCAGGGGCUGAUCCUGCUGCGAAACAAAGCCCCAAUGUGGAGCGACGAGAGGGGCGUCUACGUGCUCAAUUUUAAAGGUCGGGUCACUCAGGCCUCGGUCAAGAACUUCCAGAUCGUGCAUCCGGAUGACCUAAACGACGUGGUGCUCCAGUUCGGCCGCGUUGCCCCAGACAUGUUUACCAUGGACUUCUGCUUCCCGCUUUGCCCUCUCCAAGCCUUUGCCAUCUGCUUGUCCAGUUUUGAUGGGAAACUGGCAAUGUGAGUAAUCUAAUGAAAUAACAAUACUCACAUAAG